AUGGAUCCCAGAAAUCACACAGAUAUUUCCGAAUUCCUCCUCCUGGGAUUGACACAGGAGCCAGAACUGCAACCCCUUCUCUUUGGGCUGUUCCUGUCCAUGUACCUGGUCACCGUCCUGGGGAACCUGCUCAUCAUCCUGGCUGUCAGCUGUGACCCCCACCUCCACACCCCCAUGUACUUCUUCCUCUCCCACCUGUCCCUGGCUGACAUCUCUUUAAGCACAACCACCAUCCCCAAGAUGCUGGUGAACAUCCAGGCACAGAAUCAGCACAUCAGUUAUACAGGCUGCAUUGCCCAGAUCUUCUUUGUCCUUGUUUUUAUUAGUUUUGAAAGCUCCCUCCUUGCAGUAAUGGCCUAUGACCGCCAUGUGGCCAUCUGCCAUCCACUGAGGUACACGGUCAUUAUGACCCCCCGGCUCUGUGUGCUGUUGAUUCUGCUCCCUCUGCUCCUCAGCAUCAUGGAUGCCCUGCUCCACAGUCUGAUGGCGCUGAGGCUGUCCUUCUGCACAAACAGGGAAAUCCCCCACUUCUUCUGUGAACUUGCUCAGGUCAUCAAGCUGGCCUGCUCUGACACCCUCAUCAAUAACAUCCUGAUAUAUAUUGUGGCUGGUGUAUUUGGAGGUAUUCCUGUCUCUGGAAUCAUUUUGUCUUAUACUCAAAUUGUCUCUUCUGUUUUGAGAAUACCCUCGGUGGAGGGAAAGCUUAAAGUUUUUUCCACGUGUGGGUCUCACCUCUCAGUUGUUUCCUUGUUCUAUGGGACAGGUUUAGGGGUGUACAUUAGCUCUGCAGUUACUGACUCUUCCAGGAAGGCUGCAGUGACUUCAGUGAUGUACAUCGUGGUUCCACAAAUGAUGAACCCCUUCAUCUACAGCCUGAGGAAUAGGGACAUAAAGGGGGCCUUGAGGAAAUUCUUUAGUGGAGUUGCUCUUUUCAUGUGCUUUAUCUACAAUGUUUGUGAGGCAUAA